AUGUCCAAUACGCUACGACCGUAUCUGGAGUGCGUGCGCUCGACACUCACUGCGGCAUUAACGCUAGAGAACUUCGGCUCCCAGGUCGUGGAGCGACACAAUAUCCCCGAAGUGGAAGCACAAACGACGCCGGAGGUUAUUAUGACGCCGCUAACAGUGAGCCGCAACGAGCAUGAACAUGUACUUAUCGAGUCUUCGGUGAACAGUGUACGACUGAGUAUCAAGAUCAAGCAAGCUGAUGAGAUCGAGCAUGUGCUCUCUCACAAGUUUACGCGGUUCUUGAUGCAGCGCGCUGAUAACUUUGUCAUUUUACGGCGUAAGCCUCUUCCAGGCUACGAUAUUUCGUUCCUGAUCUCGAACGUGCAUACAGAAUCAAUGUUGAAACACAAAUUGGUCGACUUCAUCAUCCAGUUUAUGGAGGAAGUCGAUAAGGAAAUCAGCGAGAUGAAAUUGAACCUCAACGCGCGUGCGCGUAUCGUCGCAGAGUCGUACCUCGGCGCGGCUCAGUUUUGA